AUGGAAAUUCCACAUCCGCGGCGCAUUCUAGCUGUCAGUAGACCAGACUCAGGUCUUGUAGAUUUGCUAAAGGGUUUGAAUACCACUUAUACCAUCUACAUGAAUCUCGAAAUUGACUUGUGUUUCCAGGUCUCACGGGUUCUGCACCUGAUCUUUCGGGGGACUCAAUUGCAGGUACUACCCAUGAGUGGUCUAUCAAAACCAACUACUACACCGCAAGCGUCCCAAUAUGGCUUGAUGAAAUACAUGAGCCUGAGAUAUGGUGUAAGGAAUUUUUGGCACCAGAAGCUCGAGAAGUUUUGACAGUACUUGGUGCCUUUAUUGUAUGUUUUCGAAAGCCCAUUGAUGAAGCUGAAUUGCAAGCUUUUAAGAUUCUUCUGGAAAGUGUGGCCGAAGUUGCCAAGGAAGGUUGUGGCUAUACCUGGGAUGGUGUCUGUUUAGCUGUGGCAAUGCCACAGUCCACGACUCCAUACUUGGAGAAGAAGUUCGACGAGUGGGAAGAUUUAUGCCAGGAGCAUGGUUUUGAGUUUGUUGACUUUGAAAGUAAGGGUAGAAAUGAAUACUCAGGUAAAGUAAUUCUUCCAAGGACAUUUACAUGUUUUAUCAUUGACAUCCGUAGAACCUAUGGGUCUCGAAAGGUUGAAAGAAGCUUUAGAAGCCAAUGAAUGGGAUGGAGGCGACGAUGAUGGGGAAGGAAUUGAUUUAGGCGAUCUCGAGGAGGAUGGUGAUGACGAUAAGAGUAUUGGAUUUGGAAUCGAAGCAGCUGAAAUGGAGAUGGAGAUGUUCGGUAUGAAACAGGCAAUUCAAAAUGAGUCUGCAAGAAAGACGAGCGCCGAUGAGGAAGAUGAGAAUGAGGAUGGAGUAGAGCAGCUUGAAGCUUUAAUGUUGAGGAUGCAAGCAGUUAAAGGUAAGAGAUUCGUACUCAAUGGGGGGAAUUCCUUCACUGACAUAAACAGAUAUGGGAGCGGAUUUGCCUGAAGCGGAGAGAAAAAGGUUUGCUGCAAAAGCCGUUAACGAUUUAAUGAAAACGUUAUAAGAUGCGCUGCUGCCACAUUGAGCAAUGAUGCGGAGACGAUGGGUUUCUGUCUCAUGCGGGGCUCUCUUCAACCCCGGGGCUUGAAGAUUUUAUAUAUUUCGCCGCAUGCCAAUCCCCCUGUAAUUUUCCAAUGCUCGCUGGUACUGUGGAAAGUGAAGAAUAGCAUCGUGUCCAACCGAGCAACUCCUAGACGUUCCGCCCGUCGAGUGCCUUAUGGUCCAAAGCCUCUCAUGCCAUUUCAAAGCCCAAUGGACCCAAUU